AUAUUAUUUCAUCCUAGCCGUCCAAUCUCUUGACACGUCAUCAAUCCGCGUGAACCCUGCGUUUCAGCGGCUCAGAUCACAGUUGCAGAAACUACUGGUACAACGAACGAACAAGCUCCUAUCCUCGCCUCUCUUCCCCUGUUUUGCAAAAUUUUUCCUAGAAAAAAUUUAAAAUUUUCUCGAGAAAGUUUGUUCAAGCUUUCGACAUGGAGGAAGAGAAGAAAAUUCAACUCGAAACUGAAGAAAAGGAAGAUAUAAUUCUUUCGAGUGAAGGAAGUGAAGAAGAUGCUGAGACAGAGACAAAGGACGGUGCAGAGGAAGAAGAAGACGGAGAUAACGAUGACGACGAAGAUGGCGACGAUGAUGAUGACGACGACGAUGGAGAAGACGAAGAGGAAGUAGAUGACGACGAUGAAGUGCAGGUUUUGCACUCAACUAGUGGACCGCCGGUUCAUUCAGCUGACGAUGAGGAAGACGAUGACGAUGAUGAUGACGACGAGGAUGAUGACGGUGAGGGAGACGACGACGACGAUGACGAUGACGACGAUGAUGAUGAAGACGGUGAAGAAGAGGAGGAUCUGGGAACCGAAUACCUUGUCCGGCCAGUAGGUCGUGCUGAAGAUGAGGAAGAUGCCAGUGAUUUUGAACCAGAAGAGAACGGUGAUGAUGAAGAAAUCAAUGAAGAAGAUGAGGAUGAUGAGGGUGCCGGAAAGGUUGAGGCUCCACCUAAAAGGAAACGAACAGAUAGGGAUGAUUCGGACAAUGAUGACGAUGAUGGUGGAGAGGAUGAUGAGAGACCAUCCAAGCGAUAGGGCUUGGCCCCGUUGUGGUUUGAGGACUGACCAUUGACAUAUAGGUCAAUCUCUGUCCCUCUAUCUUAAAACCAUCUUCCUCUCUGUAGAAAGAAGGAUAGGAUUGUGAUUUUCGGUCCUGUAUUAUCAUCUUGAUUACUGUUUAGGUUAUAUGUUCAUCUGGGUAAUGCAUAGUUAUGUUGCGGUUUCUGAAAACUAUUUGAUACAUCUGGUUUAGAAUUUGUGUAAGUUAUGGUUCUUAGAUAAGUUGUACACUCUUAAAAAUUUUCUAUUAGGUUUACUGCAGAUUUCUAGA